GGAAAGCAAUAUUACAGCAGGAACAGCAGACUACUGCAAUUUUAGAUGUGAUUACUGCUUUCGCUGGAUUUGAGUUCGACUCUUUGUUGAAUAUUUUGUUUACGAUAGUAGCUAAUGUGAUGUGAUCUGAAUGUCAGAUACCAGACAACACAUUAACUGCUAAAUCACCCCAGAUUUCGAAUCGAAGGUGCUGCGCGUGUUAUCGGAGUAACCAUUUGAUGAAUCGCAUCUGAUUCAGCAGUGAACAAUGUCUGCUACUAUUCCCAAAGCUGAAACCCCCAGCUCAUUGGAAAGCAGUCUUACUUCUCCAGGUUCCUUGGGUAUCAUGUGUAGCAGUAGUGAAAGGGAAGAUUUUCAGCAAAGCUUAUUGUGUAUCAAAGAUGAAGACUCUUCUAAAUCAUCCAGCACACCUCCAGAAAAUACUGCAAUUAUUUCUCCUCCUGCCAGAUCUACAAGUACACCUGUAGUUUCUACUUCUGUUGAAGGAGCUGCUGCUUUAAGUAGCUCUACUAGUAGUCCAGCAGCUUUGACAACUGUGCGAUCACCUAUUAAUUUGGAAGGGACUUCUAGUUUUAUGUCAAAUAUCAGAUCAAAAAGUGGAUGGCUGGAUGGUUUAUUGGUUUGCUUGCGUCCUGUUUGGGGUAUUCUUGGUAAAACUGGUGGAGGUGAACAUGGUGAUUCAGAUGAAUGGGAAAUACCAUUUGAAAAUAUUCAAGAUUUACAGUGGGUAGGCAGUGGUGCCCAAGGUGCUGUUUUCCUUGGAGAACUGGAUGGAGAAUUAGUGGCAGUGAAAAAAGUUCGUGAAAAAGAGGAAACAGACAUUAAGCACUUGAGGCAUCUAAGGCAUCCUAAUAUUGUAACUUUCAAAGGUGUAUGCACUCAAUCUCCAUGCUAUUGCAUCGUCAUGGAAUUUUGCCCAUAUGGUCAAUUAUAUGAAAUGCUGCGAAGUGACAGAGAUAUACCACCUGCCAAAACUCUGAAUUGGUGUCAUCAGAUUGUAUCAGGAAUGGAAUAUUUACAUCAAAACAGAAUAGUCCAUAGGGAUCUGAAAUCACCAAAUGUGUUAAUUAGCAUGAAUGAGGUACUGAAAAUAUCUGAUUUUGGAACUUGUCGUCAAUUAAAUGACAUCAGCACCAAGAUGUCUUUUGCUGGCACUGUGGCAUGGAUGGCUCCAGAAGUUAUACGCCAUGAUCCUUGUUCAGAAAAAGUAGAUAUUUGGUCAUUUGGGGUUGUAUUAUGGGAACUUCUGACUCGAGAAGUGCCAUAUAAAGAUGUCGAUUCUUCAGCUAUCAUUUGGGGUGUAGGUAAUAACAGUCUUCAUUUGCCUGUACCAGAUUCAUGUCCAGAAGCUUUUCGAAUACUUCUGAAACAAUGCUGGAGCUCUAAACCUAGGAAUAGACCUUCUUUCCAUCAUAUAUCAUUGUAUUUAGAUACAGCAGCGCAAGAGCUUGUUGAUGUGUCAAAUGAGAAAUUUUUGCAAAAUCAGGCAAAAUGGAGGCAAGAAAUAGAUGAAUAUAUGCAAAAUUUCCAAGACAAGGAAAGUCGUGUUCCUUUGGUUGAGGAAGACUUAGUGAAACAAAGGAGAGAAGAACUACGCCAUGCUCAAGAUAUUCGAGAACAUUAUGAGAGGAAAUUAGAAAGAGCUAAUAAUCUGUAUAUGGAGUUGGCUACUUGCUUACUUCAGCUGGAACAGAGAGAACGAGAACUUGUUCAGCGAGAAGAAAAUUUGCAAGAAUGCUCAAAGCAGGGUGAUGAAAAAGUCUACAGGAAGCAUAUUGUAAGACCUUUGUUGCGGGCUCAUGAGAGGCUCACAAAAAAACGUGCAUUAAAAGCUACUCAAUCUCAAAAAAGCCCUGAUGAUGGAGGUUUAAACUCAGAAAUCCCACAAGCUAAGAAAGCUCCACCUCAAAUAUAUGUUGCUGAUCCUACAGCUGGCCAUUUUCCUAGUCAGUCAGCUGUUUACGUAGCUGAAGCUCCUCCCAAGCAGGAAUUUGAAGUAUUUUGUGAUGAGCAUUCUCCAAAUUCUUAUGCACAUCAAAAGAAUUCCAGUUCUACAAGAAAUAAUUCCUCUCUACGGCCUGCUGUAGUUUUUAACAUGAAGCAAAAUAUUAAAAAUCAAGAUGCUGAUGUGCCUACAAAUUUCCGUUCAAGACCAAGCAAUGUUGAGGUCAUAAAAAAUAGGCUGUCUGGCAAUCCUAGGCAUAGUAACUGGGACCUGUUUGAUUCUGAUGAAACUUAUCCUUCAGCUAAAAUUCCAAACUGGCAGAUAGGUUCCCAGUCAUAUGAUAUUAAACAAGUUAAUAGAGAACAAAUAUUUACAAGACUACCUGAAGGUGUUUUCUUUCAUUCUGAGGAUGCUUCCAAUGGAAAUGGACCUGUAACAAGUCAGAGAGAAACUACCGUUGAUGCAUAUGUACCUUUUACAUAUUGUGUUGGGGGCUCAUUAGAAAGCUUGAAGCAACCCAAAAGGCCACAAAAUUUUUCAAGAACAGUUCCUGGAAUUCCUAUUAGAAAUGUUGGUGGAAGUUAUAAUGAUAUCUAUCGAGUGCAGGAAUUAGAAAGGGGCUUUUCUGAUACAAACCCAUCUGUUCAUGAUGAUGAUGGAAAUAUUUUGAAAAAGAGAUGGUAUGAAGCUGAAUUUUCAACUCAUAGAGAUGAGCAAGCAAAUUGUGACUACAGUUUUGCAUCACCACCUGAAGUUCUGUCAAGACUGUCCGACCUACGGGUAUCUGAUUCUUUGACUCCACAAGUACAUAGGCAUUUGAGAAGGCAUACUAUGAUUGAUCCAUCUGUUGUUAUUUAUGGAAAUCAGAAAGCUCUAGAAUUGAAUAGAAUUAAUAGAAACUCUCUACCACCUGCCUGUACUAUACCUGCUGAUGAGAGUAGUGACUGCAUUCCUCUUGCUGCUUCCAUCUGGUAGCAGAAUGACAUAAAAAUUUGUUAUUAGCAUAUGUAACUUAAAGGACAGUGCCUAUAUGAGGAUUGAAAGUAAUCCAUUGUAGUGUAUGAGAAAUACUGCUCAAAAAUGACUGUUUUUAAUAGAAAUGGUAUGGGAAGACAUAUAUAUUAUACAUCCGCUAAUAGAUCUUCACUUUUCGUUUGAGAAAUUUGAACUCAUCACAUGUAUAAUAGCAUUAUUCUGCUGAUUUUAAAGUAAGAAAACAUACCAUUUCAGAACUGUAAAUCAAUUAAAAAAGAGUUUACAUAUUCCAUAGUUUCAAUAAAUGAGGAAAAUAGUAUUCUCUCUUUUUAUGAUGCAUUAAAAAUCUUUACAUAUAUAGAUAAAUGCCAAAGUCUAAAACCAUAACCUAUUUGUAUUGUUGAUAUUUUGUAGUAUUCUGAGGAUUUCAUACAUCUUUUUGAAAGUUACUAAUCUUCUAUAUCUCUGAUUAUUUCUUUACAUUUGUAUUUAUAUUUUUUUCCAAACAUUGACUUCUGUUGCUUAUUUUUUGCUAUAUAAUUUUUGGAAUGAAAAACAUCCUUUUAAGAAACUUCAGAAUGUUAUGAAAAUCCUUUUAUUUGUGCAAGAAAAUAUUAAAUACUAUGUUUGUUUCUUUAAAGAAGAUAAUUUAAUAAUAUAUUUAGAUUUUCGAUGGGCUUUUAUGCAUAAAAUAUAUUUAAAAGACUCCAUUUUCACAUUAAGUAGGGAAAUCACUUUUGUCAUUUUAUUUCGAUCACAAAAUUAUAAAACUGAUGUAUAUAUAUAAAUUACUUUUUGGUGAUUUCUGUCUAGUGUAAUCAAUAUUGAUUACUAUCAUGCUGCAGUUUUGAUGUUAAGGCCAAGUUUUAUAUUCCAUUAUGUUAUAAAAUCCAAUUCCUAAUAAUAUAAAAUUGAUUUGACAUUCCAUUUUUAUUCCUUAAAAUGUAAGGUUGGUUAGUUAUUAUGCCAAAAGACUGAAUGCUUAUGUAUCUAAAGGAAAUAAUGCCUUCAUGGAGAACUUUUCUGAGGGAAGCUGAACAAGGUUUAUCCUCAUUUGUAUUUUCAUUACAAAUUGGUAUAAACCUUGAAAAACCAGUCUCUUCAACACUGUUAUCCAAUUGUAGAAUGAACUACUAUACAAAAAUUUUGUAACUUUAGUACUUGUUCUUGGUGCACAUUUUUAUAAUUUAACUUCUCAUUAUUCAUUGAGCAGCAGUAAUGAAUAUAUCUCAAAUUUUUACAAGUGUGCUACAUGUUUCAUAUUUUUAAAGUAAUCCAAACUUUUUUUCCUUUGAGGGGGAGGGGAUGUUAGGAAAAAAGAUAUUUGGCACCAAACAGAUGUUAUCAUUGUCUGCAGUGUAAGAUACAUUUUCACACCGACAUAAAUGAUAUCUGUUCUAUGUGAAUGGAAUAUGGCAGAGUAGAUUUCAGACCCAUAAUUUUGUAUUACACAAAAUAUUUCUUGCAGUUUAUCCAUUCAUAUGGAUUGUAGAUAUUAUAGUAAAACAUUUUUCAGUUCAGAGCUGAUAAGAUUUGAAUAUCUUUUAGCAUUUAAAGAAAAAAAAAAAAAAAAAAAAAAAACAGUCUAAUGUAUACUAUGUACAACAUCAGUAACUCCUUUAAACUGACGAAAAAUUCAUACGAUGAUACUUUAAGAAACAUUAAAAUGAUGUCCAAAUUCUGAUUGCAGUACUCCAAUUUCUAGUGCUGCUUAUAUUUUAGAUGGUUACUGCUCAGUAAAUGAUAUUUUGACAGCACACAACUGGUAUGCAGAUGUCUUUGUUUCCCUCCAUCAUCUCCUGAGUUCUUACAAUACAGAUAUCAAAUCAAAUUUGUUUUUUUUUUUCCUUUAAAUGCUAAAAGAUUAACUGGUAUGCAGAUGUCUUUGUUUCCACCCCUUCCCCAUUUCCUUUGGUUUUAACUUUCACUUGAUAUGUUGCAUCAUACUUGUUACAGUGAUAUAUGUGUUUUCUUUCUUCCCCCCCUUCCCGUAUUUUAGCUAUAUACAGUUCAGCAUAUAUACAGAUCAUAAAAUUUUUGUUUUAUGCCUAACUUUCUGUGUGCAAAAAUACAGAAAUGAAUUCUGUCUAUAACUAACAUUUGACAUCUGUAUUUGAUUUGAUAUCUGUAUUGUAAGAACUCAGGAGAUGAUUACUCAAGAGAUAUGUAUGCAUACAAAGCAAACUGUCAUUUAAGAUUUACUAUUACUGUACUCUGCAUAUAUAGAUGCAGAAAUUUCUGCAAUGAAAUUGGAAAAAUUAUAAAAUCUACUCUAUAACACUUACAGAAUGUCUUCUUAUAAAUGUCAGGAAGAAAAGCAUUGUUUACUGUCAACCAUUUUAUUUGUUGAAAUUUCAAGAUAACACAUUCAUUUUUUAUCUAUUAAGUCUUAUGGAAAUUUGAUGUUGAUAUAAUUUUAAAGAAAGCAGUUGACCAAAUAUAGAAUACUGAAAUAUUUAAAUCAUUGCAUGUAAUAUGAAUAUGGGUUUUUUUGAUACAUCCAAGCAUCCUUUAUCAAGAUCACUAUUGAUAAAACUCACUUAAAAGCUGAAGAUCUUGCAGGCAAUGAUGGAUGUGACAUGUACAUGUAUUCUGAUAGUCACAUUGCAUGUAACAUAGAUCUUUAAAUCUGUGCCGUGUUUAUGAUCUAUGAUGGGCAACUUCUUUACCCUCAAGAGCCAAUUUAAAGUACCAUCUUUGUGCUGUGGAUUGCAGGAAGUAUAUUUUGGAAAUAUGUCCUGAAAUAGCUGAUUAUAUCAAGAUUCUUGUUGUAUUCAUCUUAAAUAAUCUUUAUAGAUAUGUGAAAAUUUACAAAAAUUUUGAAAAUUUGGUCAAUAAUAAUAACUUUGAUGUAAAGCUUGGGGAAGGGGGGGGAACCUCAUGAGUCAUAUAUGGGACAUCAGUUUGCUAUCACUGAUUACAUAUUAAAUUGAAUAAUAUAUUUCAAAAAAAAUUCUGUUUGCAGUGUUUGAAGGAUGCAUACUUUAGAAUUCAAGCAAAGAAGUAAAGUUGAAAUGUCUCUUAUUUAGUGAUUUUUCCAUUACAUAUAAAGAGUUGAAGAUUUUUUUUUCCAAUAAUAAUAUAAAAUUUUUGGAACUUUAUAUCUGGAUUGUGCUUGAAAAAAAUUUUCAAAUGCCGUUAAUACUGUAGAGACAUUAGGUAUUUUGGAAGCAGGAAAGA